UUUUGGGACAUUGUUGGAGUGGGAGUGAAAAAAAAUCGUCUAAAACCCCGAAAAGCGAGUUAGGUGAACCUUUCCAUUGAAAAAUCCAAUAUCAGACAUGUUCCAUUGACCCGUUAGGUGACAAUUCAUCUGAAAAAAACUUUCAACAGCCUCAUGAUCUAGAGUUUCCAGCCAGCCGCAGGAUGCUAACCAAGUUGCUGUCCAGGAUGCCACUCAGCCACCUCAAACAUUCCAUGAUCUCGUCUCCGCGGGCUACUGUUGCCGGAAUAAGGCACAUGUCUCAGAACAGGACGAGACCCAAGGCAGUCAUCUUCGACAUGGGUGGUGUCGUUCUCCCAUCACCUUUCAAAGCUUUCCAAAGAUUUGAAGCAGACAGUGGUAUUCCAAUUGGUUUGGUACAGAGAGUUAUCAUUGAAAAUGCACCUACUGGAGCCUGGCACCGCCUUGAGAGAGGAGAGCUGACUCUUUCAGAGUUCAUACCCGUGUUCUCUGAAGAAUGUUCUAAAAAGGCUGAUAAACCUGUAGACGCUAGCAGUUUGAUAGAACUGUUCAACCAUGAUAUGGCAAGCAGUCGAGUGGAGUUUGUGGAUGCACUAAAAUGUAUCAGAGCUGAGGGAAUCAAGACAGCACUGCUGACCAACAACUGGAAAUUUAGUCAGACUGAGUCUUUUACUCCUGUUGAUAGAUCUCUAUUUGAUGUGAUUACAGAAUCCAGUUUAGUUGGCUCCAGAAAACCAGAAACAAAGAUUUAUGAGACAUGCCUAAGCGAGUUGGAUGUUGCCCCACAAGAUGCCGUUUUCUUGGACGAUAUUGGCAGGAAUCUAAAAGCUGCUGCAGCUCUUGGAAUAAGGACUAUACUGGUUGAGAGUGAUUUCAAGAAAGCUAUUGGCGAGCUUGAAACAGAACUUGGUUUUCCUGUGCAGGGUUUUGCCCCUGGAACUGUAGUUGUUCCUGAGCGACUUAGGAUCCCCAAUCCUGUCAAAUUUCGGAAAUAUCUUAACUGGGUUUUAAAGGUUCAUUCCAAAGAGGAGCCAACCAUUCGAUGUUUCAAACAUGGCCAAUCAAAUCCUACCUACUUCAUCACGUAUGCCGGCAAGAAGAUUGUGCUCAGGAAGAAGCCCCCUGGCAAACUGCUUCCCUCUGCCCAUGCUGUUGACCGGGAAUUCAGAGUGAUGAAAGCUCUUGAAGAGCAGGGUGUGCCUUCACCGAAGAUGAUACACUAUUGUGAUGAUGCUGAAUUGCUUGGAACCGAAUUUUACAUCAUGGAGUAUAUACCUGGUCGAAUAUUCAAAGAUCCCCUCCUACCUGGAAUGGAUCCCAAAGAACGACAACAAAUCUAUGCGGCAAUGAACGAUGUUUUGGCGAAGAUUCAUAGCGUAAACAUCAAAGAAGCUAAGCUGGAGGAUUAUGGGAAACACGGAGACUACAUGAAACGCAAUCUUGGACGUUGGAUGAAACAGUACGAAGCUAGCAAAACCCAUGACAUUCCCGCAAUGGAGAAACUGUCAGCAUGGCUUCUGGUGAGAUUACCAGCAACUGAAGCAUGUACUGUUGUUCAUGGAGACUUUAGGCUUGACAAUCUUAUCUUCCACCCCCAGCAUCCAGAGGUGCUGGCCGUAUUGGACUGGGAGUUAUCAACCCUGGGUGACCCUCUCUCAGACCUAGCAACAAACUGUAUUACUUACAUAUUCCCCAAGGGACUUAAUAUUCUACCUGGGUUCGGAGCAUUAAACUUCCAAAAACAUGGCAUACCUUCGUUAAAGGAGUAUGUUGCCCAGUAUUGCCGUAAGCUUGGAAUCUCUGGUGUAGACAACUUUGACUUCUACCUGGCCUUUGUGUGUUACCGUGUUGCUGCAAUAUUACAAGGAGUCUACAAAAGAGCUUUAAAAGGUCAGGCAAGUUCAACAGAUGCAGAAUCGGUUGGUAUGCUCGCUGGCAUGAUAGCCAAUCUUGGAUGGGAUGUCGCGUCGAGAAGUCACCUUCCGUCCUCAGCAAAGAGCCGAGGGCAUCAAACUCCACCUUCUGGUGAUGGUAAAGGACACAACUCCAGCGAAAACAAAUUUGGUUUGCUGCCAGUCUCGGUGACAGCACUGUCGCCAAAGGCCCAGGACUACCAUGCCAGGGUGAGGAAAUUCAUCAAGGAUCAUGUGUUGCCAUUGGAACAGGAAUUCAUUGACCAUCAGGAUGGAGAGGACAGGUGGAGUGUGCCUGCAAAGAUGGAAGAGCUAAAGGCAAAAGCUAAGUCUGAAGGUCUAUGGAACCUGUUCAUCCCUCUGGAGUUGGACCCUGACAUGAAGUAUGGUGCUGGUUUAACUAAUGUUGAGUACUCAUUCAUCUGUGAGGAGAUGGGGAAAACUGUCUUCGCCCCAGAGGUGUUUAAUUGCUCCGCCCCAGACACAGGAAACAUGGAGGUACUACUCCGAUAUGGCAGUGACCAACAAAAAGAAAUGUGGCUGUCUAAACUUCUCAACGGGGAGAUUCGUUCGUGCUUUGGGAUGACUGAACCUCAAGUAGCUUCGUCAGAUGCAACAAAUAUAGAAUCAUCGAUCACCCGGGAAGGCGAUCACUAUAUUAUCAAUGGACUGAAAUGGUGGACUUCAGGUGCUAUGGAUCCUCGCUGUAAGGUGUGUAUCUUCAUGGGGAAGACCGACACUGGUGCUGCCCGUCAUCUCCAGCAAAGCAUGAUUGUGGUACCAAUGGAUGCUCCUGGGGUGAAAAUCGUCCGACCCCUCUCCGUGUUCGGGUAUCAGGAUCCACCAGCUGGCCAUGCUGAGGUACUCUUUGAAAACGUGAUGGUGCCUGCCUCAAAUCUCCUGCUCGGUGAGGGGCGUGGGUUCGAAAUAGCUCAGGGACGAUUGGGACCAGGAAGAAUCCACCAUUGUAUGAGAAUUAUUGGAUAUGCUGAGAGAGCUCUGGAACUCAUGAUUCAUAGGGUUCAAAAUCGGGUAGCAUUUGGCAAACCACUAGCCGCACAAGGGACCAUCCAACAAGACAUAGCAAAAUCCAGAUGUGAUAUUGAGCAGACCAGACUUCUCGUAUUGAAGGCCGCUCACAUGAUGGACACCGUGGGGAAUAAGGUGGCCGCCCCUGAGAUUUCCAUGAUCAAGGUGAUAGCUCCAAGCAUGGGGCAGGCUGUGCUAGACAGGGCCAUUCAGGCACACGGGGGUGCUGGACUGUCUUCUGACUUCCCAUUUGGGGCAAUGUUUGCCUGGGCGCGAGUAAUACGGAUUGCUGAUGGCCCCGAUGAAGUCCACCUACAAAGUAUAGCAAAAAUGGAAUUCAGGAAGAAUCAGAAGGCAAAAUUAUAGAAAUAAAAAAUGUGCUGGCUGAGAAAUUAAAACACUUGUGCAAUGAGGUACAUAAGAGCUGCAUGGGAUUUAUCUUUGCACUGUUGUCACAUUGUCAUUUUGUCAUGGACACGAUUACUGAGACAAACGUUAUGCCAGAUUGUAUGCAGAGGACUGUCAAAAGUCAUUCCUAGGGUACGAAAUUGAUACAGCUGGAGGAAUCGGUUGUCUGACCAAACACUACAAGAGUGGAGCUGAAUUGUAUGCUAAAAUCAAGGCAGCGGCCAAAGCUUGGGACAAAAUGACAGCUCGCCCCAAGAGGUGUGUUUGGUGAGACAGUUGGGGAACUGAUUCUCCAGGGUGACUUGAUUGAGGAGGAUGUUUAAGUGUUGAUCAUGAUAGUCUUUGAAGUCCAUUCUGUGCCAUGCAGUCAACAGACUAAGAACAGUGUAGUGUAAAUGGAAUUAUUGAAAGUUAGAUAUCAACUUCUUCCAUUCAGAAUGAUACUCCUAUGUAGAAUCUUUGGAUGUGUAGUAUUCUAUUAGAUUUGUAUGUACAUGUAUGUGAAUAUAAUGUUAAUUGUAAUCAUGAUAUUAUAAAUAAGAGCUCUGUUUUGCUGUGAUGAAAAUUGUAAUAAUAUGAAAUACAAA